AUGGGAAGUGGCAAAACAUCUUCAAGGAGAAAGCAAGCAAUUGAAGGAAUGGUUACAGCGGCAUCAGCAGCAGUUGCAAAUAAUGCUAACUUUCUUAGCACCUGGAUGAAUCCAAUGGGCUAUGCGCUUACGAGUGCGCUUGUUAAUUGUUCUCAGAUAAUUGCAAGAUGGAUGUUUGGAAGAAUUUCUGGGAGUGAAGCCUUCAAAGAAUUAUGUAAUGAAGGAGGUGGAUUAUUGGGAAGUUUAUUAGGAGCUAGCAUUGGAUGUAUUAUUGGAACCAUCAUUUUUCCAGGAAUAGGAUCUGCUAUAGGUGCAGCUAUUGGCGGAAUUGUAGGCUAUAAAGCUGGAAAAUAUUUAGCUUCCAAGAGUAUGCUAUAG